GGUACUUACCGUGGGUGAUCCGGUGAUCGAUCGCUGAUGUCGGAGGCGAUGUUCCGGUUCAUGUCCAAGAACGGCGGCGAUGGGUGCGGCGGCGGCGGCGGAGGAGGAGGAGGCGGAGGCAUCGCGCUCGAGGUGACUGUGUUGUCGGCGGAGUCGCUGAGGUUGCCUCCAUCGUAUUACUAUUCGCUGAUUCCGAGGCGGCUGCGGCCGUACGUGACGGUGUCGUCGGUGGCGUCGGCGGUGGCGUGCAGCACGGCCGUGUCGGAGGGGGCGAGCGGCGGCGGCGGCGGCGAGCACUCGUGGAACGACACGCUGGUGGUGCCCGUGGGCGCGGAGUUCCUCGAGAGCCGCGGCGGCGACGUGCACGUGGCGGUGUUCUCGGAGCCGGCGUGCCGGCUCGUCGGCGGCGCGACCCCGCUCGGGUGGUGCAGGAUCCCGGCCGCCGACGUGCUCGACGGCCUCCGCCCCCCGCGCGCGCUCCGGCGGCUCAGCUAUUCGCUCCGGUGCCCGCGCAACAGCGGCGGGCCCGGCGGCGUCGUGCACCUGGCCGUCCGUGUCCUCGGCGACCUCGAGUCCCGGCGUCUCCUCUCGCCGCCGCCGGCGUCGCAGACGGCGGCGCCGGCGCAGCCAGGGUGGUGCCGCGUGGCGAUGGGCAUCCCGGUGUCCGGCGCCUCCGCCGCCGUGGUGGGGAUGCCGGCGUGGGCGUGGGCCGGCGAGGCGUCGCGGUGAUCACGGCGAGCAGAGACUAGCCGUGGAAAAACGGUGGAAAUAUUUUGUGCAUGCAGCUCUCAUCGUGUCGGACUUUUCCUCAUCGAGACGUUGACUAAUUGCUAAUGGGUUGGUCAAACCUCUCGUCGGCUCGUCGCGUUGUUCUACGUAUCUACGUACGCCGAAGCUUCCUCGCAGCUCUACGUAUGUACAUACGUAUUAUAAUGCCAUACGUGGUUGGAUACUCGGAUUGAUGGGUUCCAUAAUUGUAAUUGUAAAUGUAAAUAAGUCAUACUCUCCCUCUCAAAAUAUUAAUAUAUGACGUAUAUUUUGGGACGACGAGAGUCCCUAAUUUUGAGAUGAACUAGAAACGCGGAGUGAGAGAGAAAAGUUCUAAUUGGUUUACAUACUCCAUAUUGAAAAAAAUGGACAAAGCAAUC